AUUUCAAUCAAAAGUGUUUUGUUUUGAAAUAUAAGUUGAAAUUCAUUGCAAAAUGAGUUAUAAUAUUUAAUGAUUUAAUUCACGACUCGUUUUAUAUUAUUUAAAAUCCAUUUAAAAGUCAUUCACUGUUUUAACCGUUAAUUUAAUUACCAUUUGGUUUGAAGAAUCAAUUUGUGUGACAAAAACACAAACUCAUCGCUCAUUGAAUCCACGAUUUGGUGACACAAAUGACACAUCCGUUUGGACCCAAUCAUCGCAUACAGACAUUGGAUGUGAUGACCAAACAGACCACUGAAGAAGACAUGAACCACAACGAGACACAAAUGAGCGAAGAUAUGACCACAAGUGGUGAUCCAAAUCUCAAUUCAGACAAUUCAUCCAAUUUUGAAUGGGAGUAUUCAAUGAGAAGACAAAUGCAACAAAUCAUACCUCAUCUAUGGUUAGGUCCGUAUGCGUCCGCUUUGAAGGCCAGGGAGGAAGACUUGUGUCGUGUGGGUAUCACUCAUAUCAUAUGCGUUCGCCAAGAGAUUGAGUCCCAUUGGAUUCGUCCCAACUUUCCUAACCGUCAUUACCUGACGCUUGACAUCGCAGACACUCCCACACAGAACAUCAUUCAUCACUUCCCAGAGGUUACAAAAUUCAUUGACGACUGUUUGAGACAAAACGGAUCCGUUUUAGUCCACGGAAACGCCGGUAUCUCCAGAAGUGCCGCUCUUGUGAUCGCAUAUGUUAUGGAAAAACAAAAUUUGACUGCGAACCAAGCGAUUCGUGUCGUUCAGAGCAAACGGUUCUGCAUUUUCCCAAAUGAAGGCUUUCGACAACAACUUCAAGAAUACGAACCCAUUCUUCAGGCCCGAGGAAUACCGCUCUCUUCUGAAGGAGGUAUGAAGAGACCGCUCAGCGAUGAAGACUCGGAAAACAUGGACACAAAUCAAAUACCGUUCAAUUCAAUGGACUCUUGAAUUCACAUCCCAUUUAAAAACGUGAAUUGCAUUCAAAUUUGUAUUAUUUGUAAAAAAAUUUGGUGAAAACCACAAAAAGUUAAUUUAAAAUAAAUCAAAUAAAAAUUGUCAAACAUUUAA